GCUCGACCGCCAGUGUUGCCAGAAAGCCGGCGAACACGUUUUAUUUAUUCGUUUCGUUUGGAAAAUAAAUAAACGUUGCUUGCCUUUUUUAUUUAACUUGUCUUGUGUAUUAAAUAGAUAGCAGCCAAAUAAAUGGGUCGAAACAAGAAGCAAAAUCCCUUUGCGGCCCGCAAGCGUCAAAAGCGCGAAAAUGGUCCCGAGCGCCCCGAUCGCAGAGCCCUGCCCUAUGAGGAAAUAAAGAGGGACAACGCCUUCUUCAUCAAGUACUACCACCUGCAGAAGAUCUGCGCCAGCGAGGAGGAGUGGACGCAGUUCCUCGACUCCAUCAGGGACAACCUGCCCACUACGUUCCGGGUGACGGGAUUCAAGGACGAGGCCAAGGCCCUGCUGGCGAUCAUCGAGUCGCAGCUCUUCACCGAGUAUGUGCGGGCGGUGGCCGAGCUGCACCAGAAGGCGCCCGAGGAUGUGGAGCGCCCGCUGUGCCUGCCCUGGUACCCGAACGGGCUGGCCUACCAGUUGCACCUCACCCGCAAGGACAUCCGCCGCUCGGAGCCGCUUUACCGGCUGCACAACUUCCUCAUCGUGGAGACGACGGCGGGCGGCAUCAGCCGGCAGGAGGCCGUCUCCAUGAUUCCCCCCAUUGUCCUGGACGUCCGGCCCACCGACAAGGUGCUGGACAUGUGCGCCGCCCCCGGCUCCAAGACGGCCCAACUGAUCGAGGCCCUGCAUGCGGCCCCCGAGGAGCACAAGAUCCCGCCCGGCUUUGUGCUGGCCAACGAUGUGGACAACAACCGCUGCUACAUGCUCGUCCACCAGGCCAAGCGCCUCAACUCGCCGUGUCUGCUGGUGACCAACCACGACAGCAGCGCCUUCCCCAAUCUGCUGAUCAGCCAGCCGGAUGGCUCGCAGGGCAUCCUCAAGUUCGACAAGAUCCUGUGCGAUGUGCCCUGCUCGGGCGACGGCACGCUGCGCAAGAACCCGGACAUCUGGCUGAAGUGGAACCUGGCCCAGGCCUACAAUCUGCACGGCAUUCAGUACCGGAUCGUGCGACGUGGCGCCGAAAUGCUGGAGGUGGGCGGUCGCCUGGUCUACUCCACCUGCUCGCUGAAUCCCAUCGAGAACGAGGCGGUGCUGCAGCGCAUCCUCAAGGAGGCGGACGGAGCCCUGGAGCUGGUCGAUGCGGGCCACCUGGUGCCGGGCCUCAAGUACAAGCCGGGCAUGACCGACUGGAAGCUGGCCACCAAGGAGGUCGAUCAGAUCUUCACCAGCUUCGAUGAGGUGCCCGAGAGCCUGCACACCAUCAUACGACCGGGCAUGUUCCCGCUUCCCGCCGCCGAGAUGGCCAGCAUCGGGCUGGAGAAGUGCAUCAGGGUGCUGCCGCAUCUGCAGGACAGCGGCGGCUUCUUUGUGGCCGUCCUGGAGAAGCGUCGUCAGCUGGCCUUCGAGAAGAACGACGUGGCCGCCCUGGUGGAGCAGAAUGAGAUGGCCAAGCAGCCCGUCAGCCCACCGACUGAGCCGGAGCUGGAUGGGCGGGGCCAGCCCGUGGGGGAGAAGGCCGUGCCGUGGGGACCGCAGCGGAAAAAGCGACGGCUGCACGGCUACAAGGAGGAUCCGUAUGUGUUCUUCGGCGAGAACGAUGCCGACUACGCGGCCAUCAAGGAGUUCUACCAGCUGGACGAAUCGCUCAGCCAGCGCUGUCUGCUCACCCGCUGCAUUACCGAGAAAAAGAAGAACAUCUACUACUGCUCGGAGCGCAUCCGCGACCUGGUGGUCAACAACGAGCACAACAUCAAGAUCAUCAACACGGGCGUGAAGACAUUCGUGCGCUGCGAGAACCGCCACACGGUGCAUCCGUUCCGCUUGGCCCAGGAGGGGCUGCAGACCUCGAACGCCUUCAUGGGCGCCAACAGACGCAUCCAGGUGGAGCGGGAGGAUCUGGUGAUGAUGCUCAACUGCACCGAUCCCACGCAGCCCCCGUCGACGCACGAGCUGAAGAAGGAGACCCAGGAGCGCUGCAAGGAGUUGGGAGUGGGCAGCUGCAUCCUCAAGUACGUGGACGAGCGGUUCACCCUGUACACGGUGGGCUGGCGCGGCACCUCCAGCCUGCGCGCCUAUGUCCACAAGGACGAGACCAUCCACAUCCUGAGGCUGCUGGGCGCCGAUCUCAGCAAGUUCGAGACCAACAAGUACGAGGAGGCGAGAGUCGCCGCCGCUGCUGCCGCACAGGCGGCCACAGAAUCUGGCAAGGAUGUGGUCGUGGAUGCGGAGGCGGGACCUGAAUCUGAAUCCUCAGGCGAGGGAGCCGCUCCGACCACGCCAAUGGACACCGAAGAGGAGGCCACCAAGAGUUAGUACCCGAGGAUAGAACGCAAGGAUAAACUAGCAUUUAAGCGGACCAAUUCCACCUUGCGAGUGGCUUGUACAAUUAUAACGAAUCAAAAGUAUAUAUUCCCCUCUAUGUGGACAAAGUUAA